AUGUCAGAGAUGGAAGAGAAAAAAGAGCCCCAGGGCAUUGUAUCUGCCAAUCCAGAAGCCCCUGAUGUGGCCAACGGUGAUCGGGGUUACUCCCGUGUUUCCAUGGUGUUCAUGGUGAUUUUCAGUGGUUUGGCUAUUGGUUCGGAUGGCUUUAACGCCUCGAUCAUCGGCAACUUGGAAUUGCUCAUGGGGGUCAUAUACCCCGAGUCUCUAACCACUGCAGUUGCCGCUCGACUGUCUAAUGCGUUCAUGGUUGGCAUGAUUAUUGGUAUGCUUUCGUUUGGAUACAUCUCGGAUAAGUUAGGUCGGAAAACAGGCGCAGUCCUUACCACUGUCAUUUUGGUCUUGGGAAUUGCCCUCAGCGCAGGCGCCAGUGGUGUCAAUGAGAAUGGCAUGUUUUGGAUGCUGAUCAUUGCUCGCGGGAUUGCUGGGGUUGGUGCGGGAGGGGAGUAUCCUGUGGCCGGUGCUGGUGCAGCAGAGGCGACCGAUGAAGCUCCAGGUAUCCGCAAGCGAAGAGGUUUCAUCUUUGCCAUGAUCGGCGACUUGUCCGCUUCUCUGGGGUUUGCCUUUGGUGCACUUGUCCCUUUGAUUCUUUUGCUGUGUUUCCACCAACAGGUGCGACAUUACGAGACGGUUUGGCGUAUCUCUCUAGCCAUGGGCGCCAUUCCUCCGCUGUCGAUCUUUUGGUUUAGAUAUCGGAUGGUCAUGAGCUCGGCGUAUCGAAAGAGCUCUAUGAAGAAGCAGCGAAUUCCGUACUGGUUGGUAUUGAAGAAAUACUGGCGAUCCCUACUCGGAGUCUGCGGUUCAUGGUUCAUAUACAACUACAUCUCGUAUCCCUUUGGUCUUUUCUCAUCCACCAUCGUCGGACGGGUUAAUCCAACAUCUUCAUUAGCCCUCACCAUGGCAUGGGGAACAGUGAUCAAUUGUUUUUAUAUUCCAGGUGCAUUUAUUGGAGGUCUUUUGUCAGACAAAAUUGGUCGUCGCCGCACCAUGGCAUUAGGUUUCGGACUCCAGGCCAUCCUAGGAUUUAUCCUGGGGGGUGCUCUAGGUCCGAUCCAAACCAAGCUGCCGCUGUUCAUUGUUCUUUAUGGCAUCUUUUUGACCCUCGGAGAGGUUGGCCCUGGUGCCACAAUUGUUCUCACUGCAAGUGAAAGCUUCCCAACUGCAGUUCGCGGACAUGGGGUGGGUCUUGCUGCCGCCUGGAGCAAGGCCGGCGCAGCAAUUGGAACGCAAGUAUUCAAGCCAAUCCUGGCUAGUUGGGGUGAUGAUACUACCCAUGGUACUCAAGCUGUAUUUUUAAUCGGCUCCGGCUUUGCGGUCCUUGGGGCGUGUUUGGCAUGGUUCGUCCUGCAGGAUAGCGAUACCAUUUUGGAUCACGGUGAUCAAGAAUGGAAGGACUACUUGGUCGCUCACGGAUAUAAUCAUAUUGAGUGGGGUGUUGAGGAGCAGCCGACAACUACAGACGUGAAGGUAGUGGAUUAG